CUAACUUAGCGUUGAAUGCAUUCAUUAUCGCAUUGAUAGCCAUUUGAGUGUCAAAUGUGUUAAACAAUUGUCUGAUUUUGUGGUCGCGAUCGGUGUUUGCUUUGCAUUUAUCGCACAUUUCAGACCAUCAGUCACUUCCCCAUAAAAGACAAUGCAUUUGGCGAUCAAAUCAUUGCUUUCGUUGUAUUUAUUAAUCGCUUUGUUUGGUCUCAAGUCGGCCGCAGACAUCGACCUCUGCGGUGACCAUACGGAUGGCACCGAUAGUACGGUUGGUGUGGACAUCGCCGCCCUCAAGACGAUGUCUCUGAAUUGGACACAAAGUGAUACGACUAAGAGUCCGGUGGAGGCCGUCAUCGACUACUACGGAAGCUUUUGCAGCCCAUUAAAGGCUGGAAGCGAUACGAAAGUCCCGGCUAACUGUAAUGGUAGUCAUGUUUGUCAGCACAUCCGGCACGACAACCAGUCCGUCGGAUAUAAGCUGAGAAGAGCGGAUGAGGUGUCGGACAACGUCACCGCCAACAAGAAGGGACUGGUUGUCCAGUUUGACGGCCCUCCCUGUCCCGAGCAGAGCAUCCUCAACAAAACCAUUAAAAUCACAUUCAUUUGCGACUCGCAAUUGGGAACGCCCGAACAUAUCGUGGACACCAGUUGUAGCACUAAUUUCAAAUGGAAAACACCGGCUGUCUGUCGGAAACCCCCGUCCCCUCCCACCACUACCACUCCCCCACCACUGAAGACCGUGCACUGUGUGUGGGACAACGGCUCGCACAUCCUAGAUCUGACACAACUGGCCAUGACUUCCGGCAACCACUUUGCCGUAGGCGUGCCCACCAUCACGUCCAGCGAUUACUCCAUUUACUACAUCAACAUCUGUCGCCCCCUAAACCCCAUCAAAGAGAAACACAUGAGUCUGAAGGAGUGCGGGCCCAACUCGGCCGCCUGUAAGGUGUCCCUAAGCGCCACUCACGAGCACCUGAAUCUGGGAGAGCCUACCAGUCAUCCGAUCAGCGUAUUCGACGGCAGUGUCAGCUUAUUCUACGAGAACGGCGACCCGUGCCCGCAGGACCCGAGCAAACGGCUGUCCACGCGAAUCAAGUUCGAGUGCGACCGCACGGCCGACCUGUUCACGCCCACCGUCCACGAGCCGGGCAGCGAGUCGCUGGACGAGGAGCGGUGUGUCUAUAUGUUUGAGUUCAAGACGGCCGCCGUUUGCGAUGUCCUGCAGCCCACGAAACUCGCCAACAAUUCAUGCACUUUCACGGACAAGACGACCGGUCUUAGCGUCGACUUGAGUCCGCUGAAGAAGCCGUCGAAAGAGCCCUAUAAUAUCAGUUCAGAGACCUCGGGCAACGUCUACGAGCUGAACGUGUGCGGCCUAACCAACACCAUAGGCGCCCCCGAGUGCUAUAAGUCCGCCGUCUGUAUGGUUAACAAAACGAAGUCCGUCUUCAGCUACGGUUUGCUGACGUCGAGCGCCUUCUUCUACGACGGCGUCGAUCUGCGGCUCAAGCACUACGACGGCUCCAAAUGCGAGGCCCACUCGGACACCGGCGUCAUGUCCUCCGAGAUUGUAUUCAAAUGCAAUCCCAACGCCGCGAAGGACACGAGGCCGGUGCUCGUGAGCGAAACGGGCUGUACGGCUGUGUUCACGUGGGAGACGGCGCUGGUAUGCAAUCUGGUGCUCCCGAAGUGCGCGCUCGUAGCCGACGACAAGCUCUACAAUUUGCGUCAAUUGUCGUCAAUAUCGCACGCGUGGAACGCAACGGAUCCCAACGAUAAUAAGACGGUAUACUUCCUGAAUGUCUGCACAGCUCUGCCCCACACCGUGGGCUGCGAGGACAGGAACGCCGCCGCCUGUAAGUGCACACUAGACCCGGCGCGCAAUGGGAUGAACUGUUCGCAGAGUUUGGGCGAUCUGUCGGCGGAUGAGCUGACCGUCGAUGGCAACGGAAAUCUGGUGCUCACGUACGUCAACGGAGAGGCCACGGACUGCGACCACGGGAUUAAGACGGCGUCGACUAAAAUACUGUUCAUAUGCGGCACCCGUACCGGUAGUCCCGAGUUUAAGGGCUUUGACAGACGGACGUGUAGUUAUCAUUUCGAGUGGAGGUCGUGGAUGGCCUGUUCGCUGACCGACAGGAACGACACGCUGUCGAUGGAGAACGGGUUUCUCAGAGAUGAUAGGAUCGACUCGUUUAUCGAUUUGCGGCCACUGUUGACCCAAACAUUCAAAGUUAAGGAGCAGCGCCGCCUACCCGACAACACCACCGACGAGUACACGUAUGUCAUAAACCUAAACACCUCUCAGAUGCUGGACGAGGCCAACCGGUGCCUCAACGCCGCCGUCUGUCAGACGAAGGAGUUGACGACCUUCUUCCGCGACAUCGGGAGUCUCGGCUCCGCGAAGUACUACCUGAGGGGACACGAGCUGCAGAUCGCGCUGCAGUCGCUGGACGUCCGCCAAAAGUGUGGCAAAAAUCGCAACAAAAACGUGACGACAAUCUUACGGCUCCACUGCGCGUCGUCGGCCGGCUUCGGGGCGCCGACGUUCAUGUAUGAGUCCAAUGACUGCGACUAUACGUUCAAUUGGGAGACGGCGCUCGUGUGUCCGGAAUACUUCGUGAAGUCCGAUGAGUACGUGGUGUUUGUGGCCAAUAAGACGCGCGCGGCGGACGCGGACUCCGGCGUCGACAUCUCGGAGGUAGUCGACGACAGCUCAAAAGGGAAGUCCAGUACCAGCAGCGUCUGGAUUGGUAUCCUUAUAGUCAUGUUUUUUGUGGUCACUCUCACGGGUCUCGUGUUGUAUAAGCAAAGAGUCAGCGAAACGGGCUGUACGGCUGUGUUCACGUGGGAGACGGCGCUGGUAUGCAAUCUGGUGCUCCCGAAGUGCGCGCUCGUAGCCGACGACAAGCUCUACAAUUUGCGUCAAUUGUCGUCAAUAUCGCACGCGUGGAACGCAACGGAUCCCAACGAUAAUAAGACGGUAUACUUCCUGAAUGUCUGCACAGCUCUGCCCCACACCGUGGGCUGCGAGGACAGGAACGCCGCCGCCUGUAAGUGCACACUAGACCCGGCGCGCAAUGGGAUGAACUGUUCGCAGAGUUUGGGCGAUCUGUCGGCGGAUGAGCUGACCGUCGAUGGCAACGGAAAUCUGGUGCUCACGUACGUCAACGGAGAGGCCACGGACUGCGACCACGGGAUUAAGACGGCGUCGACUAAAAUACUGUUCAUAUGCGGCACCCGUACCGGUAGUCCCGAGUUUAAGGGCUUUGACAGACGGACGUGUAGUUAUCAUUUCGAGUGGAGGUCGUGGAUGGCCUGUUCGCUGACCGACAGGAACGACACGCUGUCGAUGGAGAACGGGUUUCUCAGAGAUGAUAGGAUCGACUCGUUUAUCGAUUUGCGGCCACUGUUGACCCAAACAUUCAAAGUUAAGGAGCAGCGCCGCCUACCCGACAACACCACCGACGAGUACACGUAUGUCAUAAACCUAAACACCUCUCAGAUGCUGGACGAGGCCAACCGGUGCCUCAACGCCGCCGUCUGUCAGACGAAGGAGUUGACGACCUUCUUCCGCGACAUCGGGAGUCUCGGCUCCGCGAAGUACUACCUGAGGGGACACGAGCUGCAGAUCGCGCUGCAGUCGCUGGACGUCCGCCAAAAGUGUGGCAAAAAUCGCAACAAAAACGUGACGACAAUCUUACGGCUCCACUGCGCGUCGUCGGCCGGCUUCGGGGCGCCGACGUUCAUGUAUGAGUCCAAUGACUGCGACUAUACGUUCAAUUGGGAGACGGCGCUCGUGUGUCCGGAAUACUUCGUGAAGUCCGAUGAGUACGUGGUGUUUGUGGCCAAUAAGACGCGCGCGGCGGACGCGGACUCCGGCGUCGACAUCUCGGAGGUAGUCGACGACAGCUCAAAAGGGAAGUCCAGUACCAGCAGCGUCUGGAUUGGUAUCCUUAUAGUCAUGUUUUUUGUGGUCACUCUCACGGGUCUCGUGUUGUAUAAGCAAAGAGUCAGGCAAGCCGUGAUGUUUAAGUUCCGGCGGCUGUUCCGACCCGAGACUACUAAUCAUACAUUCCAUUACCAUCAGUUGGCGACGCUUGAGAAGAAUAGACAGACAACGAGUACACCGGAUGUGGUCUUCAUCGACAACACCAACGCCACACACAAUCGUAACACAAUUGCAGCGCAACCUUCAGCUCCAGUGCCUUAUUAUACCACCAUUUACGACGACUCGGACGUCGACCUCCUCACCUGA